AUGAAGUCGUCCCAACACCCGCAACCCGCCCGCCCCGCGCCACCGCCCGCCUCGGACGAGCUCAGCGAGCAGUCGCUCCUCGACGAGCUUUUCCCCGAGGCCAGCAGUCGAGCGCCCGACCUCAGCAAGCGCCGCGCGCCCCCCAAGCUCGCUCUCCCGACUCCCGCGCACCCGUAUAUCCGCCCGGUGUCUAUCGACUCCCGUACUGACCGCGAGAAGUCGGUCGACGCAUUCCGCGCCCGCGGCGAGCAGACGACGGUGCUGCAGCUGGCUAACUGCAGCACCGCCCUGACCGAGGCCGACUUCCGCCGCCUGAUCCCGCGCGGACUGCACCUGGACACGUGGUCGCGCGAAGGCGAGUUCUACAAGAUCAUCCCCGGCCGCGACCCGCUCUCGCUCGCGCGCCUGCCCUUCUACUUCCUGCUGUUCCACACGCCCGCCUCGGCCCUGGCCUACCAAAAGAACGUCGCGAGACUGAGCAAGCUGAGCGCCCUCCAUGCGCCGGGCAGCAUCCACUCGCCCAUUGCACCACCCAGGGGGUACCUCGAGAACAGCGAGGACAUACACGCCUUGACCUCAUCGUUCGUGCUGCAACCGCAGGGCCACCCACUCGGGCUACACAUGUUGAUGCAGCCGUACAACCGCCCUCUGCGCGCCCUCUUCCAAGCUGGGGGGUAUGCGCCGAUCGUCCCUGAUGUCGAUGCUACAGGCAAGAAGAUCCACCGCGUGCUGCUGCACAUUGAUGGGUACGAGCCGAGCCACUGGGACCUGUGGCAGAUCCUCAGUCGGCACGCACACGCUCGGGGCAUCAUGUGGCCGUUCAGAAACGACCAUGCGGGUGCCCUGCGCCGCUUGCGCGACUGCAUCAACUUGAAGACUGUGUCCAAGACCAGGUUCGAAGCGGUUUCGUCAAUGAAUCCGCGAGCUGCCAAUCGCGCGAGCGAGACGGGAGGGGUCGAUUACGAAGACGUUCAAAUCUCGUCCUUUCUCGGUACGUCGACAGCCAGCUCCCACGACGGCCAUGACGAAACAGAGGCCCUGGAGCCUCAGGAAGUCAGCCAGCUGGUCAUGAACCGAGUGUACAACCGGUGGAUGGUCGAGUUGGAUGACGAGGACGCAGCGAGACGGUUUGCUGGGCUGUGGCACCGCGUUGUGCUGCCUGCCACCAAGGACAGGAAGGGUGCGUGGAAGGAGGCCGAGGAGGAGCGAUGGGUGGAGGCUGAAUAUCUGUGGUAG